AUGGCGCUGGUGUCGGAGUUCCUGAGUCAGCUCACUCUGUCCUACGGAGGGGAGCCAGACCCUAAAUUCCCCACAGUGGUGCCAGCGAGAGACUUUGACCCGGCCCAGGACGCCGCCCGCAUCGACGCCGCCAUCAAGACGAAAGGUGUGGACGAGCAGACCAUCGUGGACGUCCUGACCUGUCGCAGCUGGGAGCAACGCAAAGAGAUCUGCUUUGAGUAUGAACGAUUCGCUAAGAAGGACCUGGCGGUUGCCCUGAAGGCAGCACUCUCCGGUUCUCUGGAGGCUCUGAUGCUGGGUCUGCUCAAGAGCCCCACAGAGUAUGAUGCUUCUGAGCUGAUGUCCUCCAUGAAGGGGCUGGGCACAGACGAGGAGACUCUCAUCGAGAUGGUCUGUUCCAGAACCAACGUGGAGAUGGCCAAUAUCAAGAAGGUCUACAGAGACAUGUUUAAGCGGGAGCUGGAGAAGGACGUAGCGGGCGACACCUCAGGGAACUUUGCCAAACUGCUCCUGGCCGUGGUCCAGACCAACAGAGACGAGCCCACCAACGUAGUGGACUAUGAGAAGAUCGACCAGGACGCCAGGGCCUUGUAUGAGGCGGGGGUGAAGAUAAAGGGCACAGACGUGGUCACAUGGAUCACCAUCAUGUCCCAGAGGAGUGUGCCCCAUCUGCAGAAAGUGUUUGACCGGUACAAGAGCUACAGUCCGUACGACAUGAAGGAGAGCAUUCAGAAGGAGGUGAAAGGAGACCUGGAGAAAUCCUUCCUCGCUCUGGUGGAGUGUUUCGAAAACAAGCAGCUGUAUUUCGCCAACAGACUCUUCGAAGCCAUGAAGGGUAAAGGGGCGAAGGAGAAGGUGGUGACCCGCAUCCUGGUGUCCCGCUGCGAAGUGGACCUCAUGAAGAUCCGCACCGAGUUCAAAAGGCAGCACCGCAAGUCUCUCUACCAGACCAUCAUUGAGCACACCAAAGGAGACUACCAGAGAGCCCUGCUGAGUCUGUGCGGAGGAGACGACUGA